AUGCAGCAGGUCCUGCAGCAUCGCCCCGACGUGCUGCUCACCGACAUCUCCAUGCCCGGCUUGAAUGGGAUCGAGUGCAUCCGGCGGUUGCGGGCCGAGGGCUCGCCGGUGCGUGUACUGUGCCUGUCGAUGCAUGCGGACGAUCGCACCGUGAUGGCGGCCAUCGACGCGGGCGCGUCGGGCUACCUGCUCAAGCAGGCCUGCGCGGCAGACCUGAUGCAGGCGCUGCACAGCGUGAUGGCGGGGCGCGUGUACUUGAGCGCCGACCUGGUGGGCCUGCUCGUCGAGCUGACCCGCCGCAAGGACACCGCGGCCCCCGAUACCCCCUUGACCCGCCUGACCGGCCGCGAGCGUGAGGUGGCGCAACUGCUGGCUGAAGGGCUGACGACGAAGCAGAUUGCCGCACGCCUGUUCGUGAGCGGCAAGACCGUCGCCACACACCGCGAGCACAUCAUGGCCAAGCUCGGUAUCCGCAGUAUUGCCGAACUGACGCGAUAUGCCAUUCAGGAAGGUUUGAGCCCUCUGGAUAUCCGCUGA